GGAGUGGCAUGGUGACGGUCAGCGACGGCAAGGUCCGACCUCAGCCAAUGAGGCUGCACCUCUCCAUGGAGCUGUUACGCUUGCAGAAGGAGGAACUGUCACCCAUCAACCACAACUACAACAGGAAGCCUUCGCCUGCCGACUCGAGGGAGCGCAUCGUGAGUGUGACCAGGCAGAAGGUGGGUGGCCUCGGACUUAGCAUCAAAGGGGGCGCUGAACACAAGCUUCCGAUCCUCAUCUCAAGGAUAUUCAAGGACCAAGCAGCCGAUCGGACGGGAGAACUGUUCGUGGGAGACGCCAUCAUCAAGGUUAAUGGAGAAUACAUCACUUCCUGUAAACAUGAUGAUGCAGUCAACAUCCUGCGCAAUGCCGGCGACCUUGUCAUGUUAACCGUGAAACAUUACAGGGCAGCCACACCUUUCCUCCAAAAAAAUUUACAGAGAGAUGAAAGUCACCUUGACAAUGAAGGCGCUUCUCAGCUGAGAUCUGAAGAUGGUUGGAGGUCGCCUAGCAGUAGUCGACCGAACUCAGGGUCCUUCUCCCCCACAGGGAUGCAGAGGCGGUGGAUUGACAUUGUCACAGUUCCGCUGAUGAUGGCAUAUGUGACACGUUAUAUCUUCGGAACAGACAAGUUGCGACCUAAUGCGUUUGAAGUGAGAGGCCUUAAUGGAGUGAGCACUGGGAUCAUCCACUGCGAUGAUGCAGCUAUUCUUUCCCAGUGGCUCAAAUAUAUUACAGACAAUAUUGUAGGACUCACAAACCUACAGAUGAAGCUGUACAACCGGAACUUCCCCGCAACAGAGCGGAUCGAGUACAUGGGCUGGGUGAAUGAGGGAAUCCUGAACAAUAAUCAGCCAUGGCAAAACUACAAGCCAAGGUUUCUCACGCUCAAAGGCACAGAUGUGUUACUUUUCGACUCCCCACCAUUAAAUAUAAUGGACUGGCUGAAGUGUGGCUUAGUCUUCAAAGUCUACCAGACAAUGUUCCGAGUGAUCAAGGAUUCUGAAAAUGUGGAUGAGAGACAACAUUGCUUCCUGAUCCAAACAUCAGGCCAUGAGUCAAGGUACUUGUCAGUAGAAACGAGACAAGAGCUGCUGAGAAUAGAGAAUGCUUGGCAUUGUUCUGUGUGUGCAGCCGUCAUGAAGUUAGGGAGCAAAACCUUCAGUGUCACCACCUCAACUGGCAAAACAGCUGGCCUCACACUGGACUGGCACAUGGGAUUUGCUCUAUAUGACAUGGAAUCAAAGACAUAUUCUUGGAAAUAUAAAUUUUCUCAGUUGAAAGGUUCAUCUGAUGAUGGGAAGUGCAAAUUAAAGCUUCAUUUUCAAAAUGCUGAGAACAGGAUAAUUGAAACAAAAGAAUUAGAAACAUCUUCUCUGCAAAGUCUGCUGUUCUGCAUGCAUGCCUUCCUCACAGCUAAGGUAGCAUCAGUAGAUCCAGCUUUUCUUAGUUCGAUAACUCCAUAAUGCAAUACAGUGAUAAGAACUUCCAUAGACACAGAUGUAAAAACUGAAGAGUACUGUGCAAAGACAUUACAGUGGUCUGUAGCAAGGUAUGUUUUGUUGAAACUGGAAUCUCACUUUGUUAUCUAUCUUCCAGUAUCUAGAAUAAUUUAUGUAUAUUGUUAUUAUUGCUGAGUCAUUGAUGUGUAUUAGUUACAUUUGUUUGUGACUGGAGGUAGAUCUCAGGAAUGUCCAAAAAUUUUGUUUGACCCUGAAAUCCACACACCAUAUGAAUCAGUUUUUCUGUUGCUAUUUUAGUGAACCAGUUGUUCAAUUUAUUUACAUUCUGUAAAUCCAGAUACAGGUAGACACCAUAGGAUAUGGAACAAGUCAAAUACAAUAUAAAUACAAUGACAUCAGACAUCUUACUGCAUAUUAUCAUACUUAUUAAUUUGUGUGGCUUACGUCUUUCCACAUCAUGAGCUGGUUACAUUGCCUUUAUGAUGUGUAUGUAUUGACCAUCUUCUAGAGCACACAAUCUCACUUGUCACUUCACUACAUGUUUCGACAUC